CUUUUCUCUCAUCGCGCGCGCCCAAACGAAGUCUCAGAUUGCAUGUUCUGAUCACAAGUUUCCGUUCCCUGUUGUCACGGUGUUGGAGGCGUCUAUUAUGUUCCCACUAAUGCACCAUCAUCGUGAUAGGGCCCUGAGGUGAUGCUCUUCAAUGUGUUUGGUUGCUAGUCGACCCAUCUGCCCUCAACCACCCAUCUUAUGGAAUGGCCUCUGCGGUGGGUUGACAGCAAGGUGGUAUCAAUACAUCUCACCAACACAACUCGUGUCCCGCUCUAUCAUCCAAAUGAAGUUAACUUACACAUUUAGCGCUAUGUGUUCGCGGCAGCAGUCGCGCGCUUGUAUUUCGCACUUCUCGGGACAUAUUUGGGAAAGAUAUGAUCGUUGCGACAAGAUCACCGCGGUGAUCUAUUUCCGUGUGCCUCAAACUGAUAUGGGCAAGAUCAACUGCCACUUGGAUUACCGAUAUACAUCCAAGAUAUCGAACAGUUUUACUUCUCUCAUUCGCCCUCUCGUUGGAUUUACGCCAAGGGUGUAUGGGUCUAAUAAAUACAAGCUACAAGGGAUUCCUCAAAUUCCGACGUACAACCUAAUUUACUACCCUUUCUAAGUAGUAUGGGACUCGAUCUACGUUCGAGUGAAUGAGCGACAUGUCAUUCCACUGCCCGGGGAACGAAUUGUGUCGAAAUUGCGAAGGGGUUGGUUGGACCAAAUUCCAGUUGCCCUCACCACCGACAAUAUGGUGGAUCUCCGUCUGAGGGUGGCCUUCAUACUCUAGAAUCGAGCUCAUCACCGAUGUGUCUGACAUUGGGCUACUGUUUCUUGCCCUUGAUGCAAUGGCGUUUGUCCACGUCUCGUUGUUGGGAAUUACAAGAGGUUCUAGGGAUUUCUGAGAUCCUGUCAUCGACGAGCUGAAAACGCGUACCAUAAGCCGUACGAGACCCCUGGUCAGUUUCAUAGGCUGAUGUUGACGAGUAUUUCAAGGGCGGGAGCGGCUCAUGCCU